AUGGGGCGCAUCACCGACAGCUUCACCAUUCUCUAUUUCGGCCUCGCUGCCGGAAUAUACCUCAAGCCGGAGUAUGCUAUCCUCAAUUCCAGGAUUGCGACGUUUGCUGUCCUUUUCGGGAUCAUUAUUGCGUCCAAGAUUGUUUAUCAGCUUGUGUUGUAUCCUGACUACUUCACUCCAUUGAAACACAUUUAUUCACCUCCGGAUCGAAGCUGGCUCACCGGCAAUUCUCCGAGUUUCUGGCUUGAGACCCCCCAUCCGCAGCUAAGGGAGUGGGCCAAGAACAGGCCCAAUCAAGAUCUCCUCCGGUACUAUAUGGUCGCAAACCUCGAAAGGGUAGCUUUGACAAGCCCUAAAGCAUUGGGUGAGCUGCUUGUUACGAAAGCUUACGAUUUUGAAAAACCCGAAUUGGUUCGACAGAGCUUGCGGCGUGUUACAGGUGAUGGAGUCCUACUUGCUGAAGGUGAAGAACAUAAGAUCCAACGCAAGAAUCUCCUACCAGCCUUUGCCUAUCGCCACAUCAAGAACCUCUACCCCGUCUUUUGGGACAAGAGUGUAGAAAUGGUCAAGCUGAUUGAGGAAGACUUGCAAAGCAGAAAGACCAAUGGGAAUAACGACAACACCGUCCAAAUCAGUAACUGGGCGAGUCGAGCAACCUUGGACAUCAUCGGCGUCGCUGGUAUGGACCAUGAUUUCGACUCCCUCCGUGACCCUGAGAACACCCUCAACCAAUCCUACCGCAAAAUCAUGUCCACGCCACCCCUCAUCAUGAAAAUCCUUUUCGUGAUAAGUAUGCUAUUCGGUAACCCAACAUGGAUCCACUCAUUACCAACAAAACGCAACCAAGAUAUCAAGGACAGUGGCGAGGUCAUCCGCAACGUCGCACGGCAGAUGAUCCGACAGAAGAAGGCAAAGAUGGAAGACCCCAAAGCCGAAACCGGCAUUGACAUCAUCUCCGUUGCACUAAGCAGCGGCACUUUCGACGAAGAAAACCUCGUCGACCAAUCCAUGACCUUCCUAGGCGCAGGCCAUGAGACAACCGCCUCAGCCCUACAGUGGGCCGUUUACGCACUCUGCAAGAACCCCAACGUCCAAACUCGUCUGCGGGAUGAAAUUCGCGCCAAUCUGCCCUCGCUCGACGAUCCGACUCCAAUUUCUGCAGCCGCAAUUGAUAAUCUGCCCUACCUAAACGCAGUGUGCAACGAGGUGCUCCGCUUCCACCCCUCUGUGCCGACGACCGUACGCAAGGCGGCUCGUGACACAACUAUCGCCAACGCGCAUAUUCCCAAGGAUACGCUAUUUACAAUCUCUCCGCAAAUGAUCAACCAUAUGGAAGAGCUGUGGGGACCAGACGCGAACGAGUUCAACCCAGACCGCUUUAUGGGUCCCGGUAAGGCUAACACUGGCGGUGCGGUUAGUAAUUAUGCCUUUUUGACUUUCUUGCAUGGCCCACGCAGUUGCAUUGGUCAGGGCUUUGCAAAGUCGGAGCUUGCUUGCUUGAUUGCUGCUACUGUUGGUCGGUUUCACAUGGAGUUCAAGUUUCCUGAUGCUAAGUUAGAGAUUCGGGAGGGGGCUACUGUUUCACCUAAAGAUGGGGUACUUGCCUUGCUUACGCCAUUGGAGGGGUGGUAG